AUCAAGCUAAUAGCGUUGCUGAAUUUGAUAAUUCUAGCGAAUUCCUGCAAUGUGUUCCAAAGGUACGUGCUACGAAGUGAUUGUGAAGAUGAUAAUGUUAUUGACGAUUCGGACCCGAAGGAAUUUUUAGAAGACAAUUCCUGCGGGUUUUUCAAGAAGCACAUUCUACGCAGGGAUUGCCCGGAAACCCCUCAGGAAAAAUCGAAAAAUACCAGAGAAUGCAACCUGAUAGAACGUUUUGUACUCAAUAAAUCCCAUUGUGAAUACAACCCGGACGAAUAUUUGGAUGUUCCUGAAAUAAUCGCCAGGCAUGGUUAUUUAUCCGAAACCCACACGGUUGUAACUGAAGAUGGUUAUAUUUUGAGUAUACACAGAAUUCCGGGUAGUAGAAAUGGCACCAAGUCGAGGCAACCGGUGUUUUUGCAACAUGGGUUAUUAGGCAGCAGCGCAGAUUGGAUUGUAAAUGGAAAUUUAUCAUUAGCGUAUUACUUAGCCGAUAGAGGCUAUGAUGUAUGGCUGGGAAACGCAAGAGGUAACGAUUAUUCCAGAGCACACACUUAUUUACCGACUAAUUCCGCCGAAUUCUGGAACUUUAGUUUUCACGAAAUGGGCACCAGAGAUUUACCUACUGUACUUUAUCACAUCAGCAAUACUACGGAUAGAUACGGUGAUAUAAUCUAUAUCGGUCAUUCAAUGGGGACCACGAUGUUCUUUAUAUUCGCUUCCGAAGAUCCCCAAGCGGCCAAAAACGUUAAAGUGAUGUCCGCUUUGGCCCCUACGGCUUACAUGACCCACAUGCACGCCCCUGUGAGGUAUUUUGCCCCUUACGCGAACGAUAUUCAGUGGCUCAGCAAAUACCUAGGAUUCAAACGAUUCCUUCCCAACAACAAGAUCCUCAAGACCCUCUCCUAUCAAUGCGAACUGUUCAAAGUAAGCAAAGAAAUCUGCGAGAAUUUAAUAUUCGCCAUUUGCGGUUUCAAUAAAGAUGAAUUCAAUUCGGAUAUUCUUCCUGUCUUAUUAAGCAAAGAUCCAGCUGGAGCUUCCACGAAAACAAUCUUACAUUAUUUGCAAGAAAUUAAAAACGAUGGUUUGUUUCAAAAAUUCGACUACGGAAGCAAAGGGAACCUAAUCGAAUACGGUGUAAAAUUUCCUCCUAGAUAUAAUAUAAGUAAAAUUGAUAGGCCUAUACAUCUCAUGUAUGCCAUGAACGAUUGGUUAACGAACUAUACUGACGUUAUUCGAUUGGGUGGGGAAUUGAAGAAUUUGAAAGGAUUGUAUAAGGUGGCCAUGGAAUCCUUUAAUCACGUUGAUUUUAUAUUCGGUAAAGACGUGAUAGAGCUCGUUUAUGACCCGUUGUAUAAGUUCUUGUUACCGUAUUCUACGAAUUAA